AUGAGAGCAAAUGCUCUGUCCUCUCUCCUCAUCGAGGGCUGCUCUUUUGUUUGGGUAAACUUCCUCUGCCUGCUCUCGAAUGGUGGGCGGGCGAUCCUUCAAGUCCUACUCCUCUACUCAGCCAUGGGUGCUGGUGGGGAGCAAAUGGCGUUGAGUUGGCGGCCGGUGAUUCUCGAGUUAGGGAUUGGAUCGGGCAUAUCUUGCAUGCGGCAGGGCGAGAAAAGGGAGUCGAGAAAAGCAAACGAUGGUGGAAUCCUGAUGGGGGAGGUGAGACUAGUCGGUGUCGGUUAG